AUAAAUAUAUAUAUACACAUUUUAUAUCUAUAGAGAGAAAGAGAAAGAGAGAGAUGGAAGGUGGUGGCCGGAAGGUGGCGGUGAUUAGAGAGGUGGCGGCGUGGGCGGCGAUGGUGGUGGUGGAGGGAUGUAUUAUUGGACUGACCAUAAUGGCUAACAGUGCAAUGGCCAAAGGGAUAAGCCCUUUUGUGUUUGUAGUCUAUGUUAAUGCUCUUGGAUCUCUCAUCUUACUCCCCUUCUCUUUCCAGAUCUUCCAUAAAAAUAGGUCAGAAGAGGGUUCUGCAGUGCUGAGAUGGGCUUUUGUGGAGAGAGUGUUCGUUCUUGGUUUAAUAGGGGUGUGCAUAGCUCAGAAUCUUGCAUUUGUAGGGCUGAGUUACAGCUCUCCCAUAGUGGCCUGUGGCAUGGCCAAUCAGAUCCCUGCUUUUACCUUCAUUCUUGGAAUCCUCCUCGGAACAACAAGAUUCGAGUGGAGCAGAUCGAGCAGCCAGGCAAGAUUAAUAGGGAGCUUGGUAUCAUUAAUGGGGGCCAUUUGCAUCACCUUCUACAAAGGCCCUGCUGUCAGAACCACCCACCACUCACUAUCCCUAUCCCUUUCUCGCCCCCCGCUGUUGAUCUUCUCUUCCCCAAAUCAGACCAAUUGGGUUCUUGGCUGCACUCUAUUGGCAGCUUCUUCAUUCACUUUAGUCAUCUGGAAUUUCGUCCAGGUGGGGACUGUCAAACUAUGCCCACAAGUGAUGAAAAUAGUCUCCUUUUAUACCCUAUUUGGGACAAUCCAAUCAGCUGCAGUUGGUGUGUUCUUAGAGAGGGAUCCCACUGCUUGGAAGCUGGGCCUUAACUUCCAACUUCUUGUCAUCGUUCUCACAGCAAUCUUCAGCAGCCUGAUCCGAAGCAAUGUGCAGCUAUGGUGCAGCAAAGUAAAAGGCCCUCAUUUCGUGGCCAUUUUCAAGCCAGUUGGGAUUCCUUAUGCAAGCACCUUCGGCUGUUUGCUCUUUUCAGAUACUUUCCAUUAUGGAAGCAUGUUGGGGGCUUUUAUAUGUGGAAUUGGAUAUUAUACCGUGCUAUGGGGACAAAUUAAAGAUGAAGAAACAAGCAAGUUAGGCCAUGGAAGCAAGUCUUGCUCUUCCUCAAAUGAUGAUCUGAAGAAGGUUCCUCUCCUGCAAGAAGCUUUUGAUCAAGUAUGAGGCCUGUUCUGUUCGAGAAGUAAAUAGCUAGCAAUGCUAAAUAAAAAGAAUUGCAUUUUAUUGUAAUUAGGUAAAUCAGGGUCGGGUUUUUGGACCCUCCAUUUCAACCAAAGAAAUGGCAUAGUGUACAAAGUGUACCUACAUUCAUAUAUAUAUAUAUUAUGGUGGUGUUUGUUCAAUUUA